AUGUCACAGGAAGCAGUAAAUAUUGUCUUUGAGAAGGUAAUCGCAACCGUUCACCUCCUUUCUGCCUCGGAAGAAUACAAUACGUUACCAAGGCCGCCUACACCGGUACAGUUACAACUCUAUGGCUACUACAAACAAGCUACUGAAGGCGAUGUAGCACUUCUGAUCGAGAAACCUAGUGCGGAUUGUUUAAAUCCUGAGAGUCAGGUAGCCCUAACUAAGUGGGAAGCUUGGAACGCUAGACAGGGACUCAGCUCCACUGAAGCCAAGAGGGAGUAUACAAGAUUGUUCUUAGAUACUCUUCGGACUUGUUCGGCUGGUAAUUGUGCAGUGUCUGAGCUUUCUGAUGAAUUAGAGUUCCUAUGGUGGCAGGUAUCCAAUUUUAAUGAGCAUGGUAGAGAAGGAGGGCCUGAAAGUGUUGUUUCAUGUAAUAGUAUACCUGAUUCAAAGACGCAGAUUGUUGGUAGUGAGUUAUACCGGCUUGCAGUUCGCCGUGAAAGGCUGUCAUCAGCUAACAUACUAAACGAUAGAACGAAGGCCGCCUAUGUCGAUAAGCUUUCUAAGAAUCUAUCGAACCAUGCUCCUUCUCGCCCUAAAAAACUAAUUUGGAUUCUUCUGAAAUGUACUAGUGGCCUUAUUAAAGGUAGUAUACAAUAUGCUGCUGCAUCGUUACUCCUUCUCAUUCUUUUGAAAGUUUCUUCACGAAAUAAGACGUUAGAACUGAGCAUUGGCAAUGUCCUUGGCGAUAAGAUGGCGAACGACUGUAAUAGGAGCUACUUGAUAACUGCUCUAUGUUCCAUUAUCCGCUACCUGAACAGUUGUCUACGUGAAUAUAGAUUUAAUAGUUUGUAUCUUAAGAUUAGUUAA